AUGUGGAUGAUUCUCAAGCAAAAAAUUUCCGAGGAACUCUCCGCGCAUGUCACCAAAAUUAAGCAUGAAAUCGCAGAUGAUCUCUCUGCACGUGGUACUAAGAUCGCCAAUGAACUUGACGGAAAAAAUAAUACAACUAUUACUGCGGAAAUCAAAAGAAUCCUUACUGAUGAUGUCUAUAGAAAACUUACUGCAGAAAUUAAUACUAAAAUCACCAACGAGCUUUCCACACGCCU